GAUCAAUAUUCCUCCAGCAGUUGCAGGGAGAAGUACUGAAGUUGUGGGACCAACAUUUUCCGUAAACAAAACAGAGCCUCCCAUAACACUGACCUUUUUCCAGUAAAUCAGAAGUGGCUGUAGUAAGACUCCUGUUCUAGUGACGUGAAUUUCUCGUGAUUUCAUUUGGCGCCCGAAAUAGUUGAAGCUUCGAGGAAGUGGUGAAAGUGGAUUAGAUCAAUGUCUUGAACUCCUGACGUAUAAAUGAGCGGACGAGAGUAAAAUAAUACUAUGCAAAUUGCGAUUUAUCUUCAGGACUUUUGAAGAACUCUGCAUGUUUGUUCAGUUCGUUAACUUUUAAGUGAUUGUAGCGACUACCGAAGCUGUUGACCAUCCUCUGUACAAAGGACUUUUCUGAAAAUAUCAAGAAAUAUUCUUGCAGCAUUUCCCAUCCCUUUUGAAUGAAUUAAGAGGAGCACCGUAGUCAUUUGAGAAGAAAAUAGUUCAGAGUACUCAACAUCAUACAGCACUCAGGCUCCGUGUGAAACAUAUUUAGAAAUAAGUGAUUUCCAACACCUUGGAGAAUUCAGGCAUCUAACUACACAAGGAGAAGAACAAAGCAGGGAAUACCGAAGCUCUUACAGAUCUGAUCAGAGAUUUCACACUCAAGUGAUAUAUCUGUGACGACCUCUUUUCUCUCGGUGACACUUGAGUAGGCUUGGCUAUGGCUAAGUUCCUGAGGAGAAGCCUUAAACGGAAGAAAGGUACUGUUAGCUUCUUACAUCACGACCCAGACGACAUCGAAUUGAACGUAGUGCGAUACAAACCUGACGGCAUCGAUGCACUGGCCAGGACCACGAAAUUCAGCAAAAAGGAACUGCAGCUCAUGUACAGAGGGUUCAAGGCAGAAUGUCCCAACGGCAUUGUCAGCGAAGACACCUUCAAAGGCAUCUAUUCACAGUUCUUCCCUCAGGGAGACGCCACGGCUUAUGCCCACUACGUCUUCAAUACAUUUGAUACCGAGCAUCAGGGAUCCAUCAGCUUUGAGGACUUCGUGACGAUCCUCUCCGAGCUCUCUCGGGGCACCAUGACGGAGAAGUUGAGAUGGGCCUUCAACCUGUACGACAUCAACGGCGACGGUUACAUCACCAAAGAGGAGAUGCUGGACAUCGUCACGGCCAUUUACUCCCUGGUCGGGCGCAACGCCGUUCCGGCCGUCGAGGAAAACACGACGCAGGAACACGUCGACCGCAUCUUCGAGAAACUCGACAUCAAUGGAGACGGCAUGGUGACGCUGGAAGAGUUUAUGGAAAUAUGCACAACAGAUGAAAACAUCGCGAAUUCACUGACAAUCCUGGACACGAAUUUCUGACAUGAGGCCCCAAGUUCUUCUCUGUUGGUCCCCGUCAAUCAUCCGCAGGAUAUGAACAGGAACAUGUAGAGGCGGUUUUCGGGGCCCUCUUC